AUGUCUUUAUUAGCACCGUUCUUCUCGAUCCUUAUAAUGGCUAUCCUUGGUAUGGCCAAACCUUUUGUGUCUACUGUUGUCCGUCUGGGCCAGGAGCAGAAGGCUGGCUGGCCCCGGAUUGAGCACGUCCACGCUGUCCAGGCCUGUACCGUCCUCACAAUCAACGGCCAGGCCAUAGAAACCGCGGGGGCUAUCCAGGCUAUAUUCAAUGACUUUAAGACUCAAGAUGACGUAUGGUCUACUGCGUUCUCCCAAUAUGCCAUCAUCCAAAUAAUUGGCAAUGACCAUGCCGCGCUCGCCAAAAGCCAUGAGAGCUUACGCCUACGAGGCGUCAAAGUUGUUCACUCCGUCAUCCUCCCUUCCGACUCAGCCCCAUUACCUCAAGGUCCCUACUUUCUCCACCAUGGUCAUCUCCACCUAGCGUAUCGUUUGUACCCCGACCAUGCCGGUGCGUUUAUCGUUUCAACAGUACCUGAUGGGAAUGAUGGCUUCCGGUCUCUCGAUGCGGCUGCGUAUGGUGAAGAGUUUCCGGGCGCCCUCACAGUCGCUGUUCCUUCCCGGUUAUAUUACUCGAAGACCGACGAGAAGCCGUUUUCUGGAAUUAGGAUCGCUGUCAAAGACAUCAUUGACCUGAAGGGACUUAAAACAGGUGCUUCUUCUCGAGCAUUCACCGCGCUCUAUCCUGUAAAGGAAGAAACCGCCGAAACUGUCCAGCACCUUCUGGACUUAGGGUUUGUAAUUGUUGGAAAAUUGAAGAGUACUCAGUUUGCUGACUCGGAGUGGCCAACCUGUGACUACGUUGAUUAUCAUGGCCCAUUUAACCCUCGCGGGGAUGGUUAUCUAACACCCAGUGGUAGCAGCUCAGGUAGUGCCUCAGCCGUUGCAACAUAUCCCUGGCUAGAUUUUGCUCUAGGAACGGAUACUCUUGGGAGUAUCAGGUCACCCGCUGCCGCGCAAGGAAUUUUCUCCAUGAGACCUACGACGGGGUCGACAAGUUCAAAAGGUCUCGUGCCCUACAGCCCAAAGUGGGAUACAAUUGGUGGGUUUUCUCGCACAGCAGCGGAGUAUGUGACUCUCGCACAGGCUUUGUACGGGUCGAAUGAAACAUACAAUAAAACUUUCAUGAAUCCAACCAAACUCAUCUACCCAACGGAUUACUGGCCGGUCAAAGAUGAGCCGAGUCAGAAGCUGUUUGAAGCCUUCAUUACUAAGGUGGAAGACUUCUUGGGAGUGAAACGCACCAGAAUUAGUCUUGCGGAUUUGUGGAACGAGAGUCGUCCGGCCUAUACUGAUGAAAGUAUAGUUCAAUAUCUCAAGCACGCUUUCGAGUGGUCUGCCAACCGUGAUCAGUGGCUGGGGCUAUUGAAGCCAUUUAUUCAGGACUACACAGACAAGAUGGGCAAGCCUCCAGUUCUUAAUCCUCAAGAUGGUUACUCAAGCUCCAUUAUGAUUCUACCUUGGACCACGGGAGAGCCAGCCUACCGAGACACGUAUAAAAGCGGUCCACAGCGGUUUACAGGAGAAGGUUUCUUCUUUUACAACGUGGGACCAUAUGCACAAAGCCCAGAGCUUAUCUUCCCCGGUGAGUCCGAAAGCCAAUUUAGAUACUUGUUGCCUGGCGACUUACUGGUCCAAGUCGGAACUAUGCCGUAUGUUUCCAAGUUCACUGGGAGUGUCGAACAGCUCCCCGCAGCAGCGGGUUUCAUUGCCGCAAAGGGGAGUGAUAUCAUGCUCGCUGAUUUUGUCAAGAGGUUAUUCGACUAUAUUGGUCAUGACGUAAAACCAACUACGACCAUUAUAGGUCAAUCUUCUGAUGAGCUCUAA